AUCCUUAGACACGGAGUUUAUUUUUUAACUGUAACUGUAAUGAAGAUUUAAAUUUUUUCGUUUGUUUAUUUACAUGUGUAAUAAUCUUAGAUCGGCUGAAAAUGUUGAUCAACGAAAUUUUGUUGAUUGGUAAAUGUGUAGUGGUGCUUUCCUUCUGCUUCGUUACUUUAGGACAGUUGCUUGUAUUUUUAUCGUCUCAUACGCAUUUAAAAUAUAGUUCAAAUCGACUUCAAGACAGAAAUCAUGGAAAUGCCUUAAUUCCAGUUUUAAUAAAUCUGUCUUUGUUGAGUUUGUUUGGAUUACAACAUUCCCUUCAAGCACGACAAAGCGUUAAAUAUUAUUUGCAGAGCAGAGGUUAUGAUGUUAUUGAAAGGCUGCUCUAUAACUGUGGCUCAUGCAUUGCUCUCCAGGUUUUAAUGUACUUAUGGCAACCCAUUCCUGACUGGACAGUAUGGGAAAUAGUGACUUCAAAACAUGUACUUUUGUGGUGGUUUUUCUCUGUUGUUCAUGGCAUUGCUUGGAUGGCCAUUUACAGCAGCUGCUUCAUAAUGGAUGUCACAGAACUCUUAGGAGUUAAACAAGUUUACCAUCAUUUAAAGGGUUGGCCAAAGCCAAUGAAUUUAAAAUCAGAGGGUUUACGUCGAUUUUAUUCUCAUAUGCGCCAUCCAAGUUUCUCUGCCUUAGCUGUGAUACUUUUCAUUCAUCCUGUAAUGCAUCUGGAUAGGCUGUUGCUUGCAUAUACCUGUACUAUUUUUAUGCUGUUACACUUUAAAGUUGAUGAAAUUGAUUACACUUAUCAACGAAGAAUGCUGCAGCGCAAAGCACGGGAAUUGAGCAUGAAUAAUUAAUUAAAAAUAUUAUUUCACUGUGAUAGUAAAAUCUGAGUCAUGCACAAUUAAUCAUUUAUGUAAAUAUAUUUAUUUUCUAAUAAUAAGAAAUAUUUUUGAUACUUUGUUAGUUAAUGAUGUUAACAUUUUUGAUACUCACUAGCAUCAUGUAUUAUUGAUGCAUAUUAAAUCAAUCAUUUAAAUAUCAAAUGAAUUAAAAAUGUUUUCCUGUACUUUGUUUUCAGAUGUUUGUCAUGUUUAUAUUGAUUUUUAUGUUACUUGUUACUGAAGUUUGAUGCCAUCUUUUUAAUUAUCUGUACUUAAAAUUUUUAUUUUUAUAAUCUCUCUGAAAUAAGGGAAUUUAUCAGCUUGUAAAAUACUGAUUAAAUGCAGUUUCAGAUUUAUGAUUUGGAUUGUAUAUGUAACUUAAAUCUGAUAUGUGAGGUGAUAAAUUUGUUGUAGUAUUAUUUUAAAUAAUUUUUUGUAACUAUUUAAUCUCAUUAUUUUAUUGGGUCAAAAAAUUUAUUAGUUUGUGAAGAAUGUUAAAUACAUGAUUUUUUUUUUUUUUUUUUUUUUCCCAAUUAAACUUAAGACUAACAUUAAGAUGUUUCUAUAUUCACAAAACAGAAAAAAUGUAUCUUAUUUUUAUAAGUGGAAAUUAAUAAGAAUGAGCAUUUGAUUCUGAUCUUAUUUCCUUGUGUUUUGAGAGUAUUACAUGUUAACCCUAUGUGUGAAAUAUGUCAGUUAUUUAUUCCCAAUUUUUCUCUAAAUUUUGUGAUUAAAAUAGUUUUAUCCAUAUAAUCAAUUUUAAGUCAGAUUAAUAACAUUAAGUAAUAAGAGAAAGAAAGCUGAUAUUUUAAGUUUAUCCCUACAUUUUUUAUGUUCUCUUCCGUGUGCCAUAUACUUAAGAAAAACCAGUAUUUAGUUUUAUUUGAAUUUUUUUUUUAACCAGUACUCAUAAAGUUUAGUUUUUUGUUUUUAAUACAUUUAAUUAUUUGUUUUCUUUUAUUAUCAUUGAGAGAUUUAAUAUAUCCAGAUUUUGUUUAUGGAUUUUCUUCGUAUAUAAUUGCUUUUAGUUGGUAAUAUAGUAUGGAUUUUAUGCAACUUGUGUAUGAUCUCUAAUUUAUUUUAAUAAAUAGUUGAAAUCUU